GAAAUUCGGAAAUUCCAAAAAAGUAAUUUUGUUACAGUAUCAAAACAAGCGAUGAUAAGAAUUUGGCUCUAAUACUGAAGGAAUAGAAGGAAAAUGUCAGAUUCAGAUUUACCAGAUCUUGUAGAGUCAUCAGAUGAUGAUAGUGGGGACAAUGAACAAGCACAGAAAGGAUUAGUAUAUGCUGAUACCUGGCUGAAGAAGGGAGAGAAGUACUUGGAGAAACAGGAACUGUGGAUGAGAGUUUUCUCCCUUGCACCAUUCUUGUUUGGAGUUAACAAUAUAAUAUCAGUGGCCUGGAACAAGGCAUUGUUGAAUGCUAAACUCCUGUUGACAGAGAAAAGAAACUAUGAGACAACAUUCUUGGAGUGGCAAGAAUGGGAAUGCCUGGACCUAGUGGACCAUGUUGUCACUGAGGUGCAGUCAUACUUUAGAAACCGUAACCAUCUAGCAAAAAGUCUGGACUGUGCAGGAAGACUGGAUGAAUGUAAAGAAGGUGUGGUUAUAGAUGUGGAUCUUGCUCUCAAUGAGGCCCAUAAGGUGACAGAGAUAUCUGAUUUGUGGAGAAGUAUAUUAAAGCAUGAGGUGUCAUCUGGCAAAGAAAAAGCGGCAAAAUUUGCGGUACUCUAUGUGAUCCGAAUAUAUCGGGAACAUGUUAUAUUUCUGUGUGACAAGUCACAAGACUUCAUUGAACAUACAAAGAAAAAUCACAUGAGAUCAAAUAUUUCAGGUCAGAAGAUUGCGGAAGAACAUAAGAAGAAAGGAAACGAGUAUUUCAAGAACGAGAACUUUGACGAUGCUGUGCACUACUACUCUUUAGCUGCUAAAGAAGACCCAUUCAGUCAUGUGUAUUAUGGAAACAGAGCACAAGCAUUUUUAUCUCUGAAAAAAUACAGAGAUGCUCUAGCUGACGGCAGAAGAGCCAUCAUAAUCAAACCUGACUUUCCAAAGGGCCACUAUAGAUAUGCAGUAGCUUUUCAUGGACUUGGACAACUUGAUUCAGCAAUACGAGUGAAUGAGAGAGGUCUUGAACUGUGCCUGAAGUCCAGCACGCAGGACAAUCAAAAUAUAAAAGAACUUGAGUCACAGGGUCACAACUUAUAUCAAGAGCGAGCAGACAGAAACAAAAGCAGCGUAUUAACGUCCAUACCAAAAGAACUAGAUGAUAAACUUGCUUCUAUCCCAAGUCCUCGUACUGACAUCACAGAAAAACUUGGCUGUACUGUUCCAAUUAAAUCCAGGAAUGAUGAACCUCAGUGUAGGGGAUCCAGUGAAACUGAUUCUGAUACACCCAGUACUCAUGACCAUAAGAAAGUGAGACGUAAGAAAAAGUCAAAGGCAAAGAGCUCUACAACAAAGGAUACAUCUUCAAAAACAGAAAAAGUGAAAGAAAAGUCUGAAGAUAUGGUAAUUCCCCAGGAAAAGCGCAACGGCCAAUCUGAUGCAAAAUCAGAACAACAACAACAGCUAGAGGAAUUCAAGACUUAUCUCAGUGAUGCCUCUGACUCUUUUAUGAGGCAGGCCAACAAGAAUGCGAUGACGAGCUACCAGAAAGCCCUAGAGCUUGUAGCUUCAAGUAGUAACCAAAAGGACUUUGGAAUGGAUGAUUCAGACAUGUUGACACUGAAGUAUGCCUUUAGCAUAUCAGCCAUUGGAACAAACAACUAUAAGAAUAUAAUGGAUGGUAUAGAAAAGUUAGAAGAGAUCAAGGAUUAUUGUGAAACUCACGAUGAUAUCAAGUUUCCCGUGCUGUACUAUGGUCUAGGCAAGGCCUAUGUUAGCUUAAACAGGUUUCCUGAAGCUAUUGACCCUCUACAAGAUGGUUACCAGGUGGCUAGUAGUGUAACAUACCCACAAGUAACAUGGCCGGGAACCAAACAACUCAUUAAAGAAACUGACCCAAUAGUUUUGCAGGAAAGUUUGAAGAACCUUCUACAGCUGUGUAAAUUUCCUCCACCACCAGACUCUGUGUGUAGAAAUCAUACAGAUACGACUGAUAAACGUACUGUCAUUUAUCUCACAGAUCCAGAUUUCAAGGGGUACAUAAAGAUCAUAUGUCAGAUGAACUGUGUAAUCACCUUCCAUCAAGUGUGUUUUAAAUCUUACAAAAAUAGUCUAAAUAAACAAAGUGAUAAGGAUGUUUUAGAUACGUUAUGUCCUACUCCAGACUGUGUUGGUUACAUUAUGAAAGUUCAUGUUGUACGGUCAGACAGUCUCAGUAAAGAGUAUCAUUCGGAGAAAUAUGUGGAUUUCAAAGAGAACAAUAAAAACAAAAAGCCAGUUGCCAAACAGAAAACUACAAAUGAAUCAAAGAUUGCUAAAAAGCAGGAUAAGAAAGAUAAACGUAAGCAGAAGAAGAAGGAGCACACAGAUCAGGAACUGUACACCAACAACAAACAGAAACUUGAUGACUCUGAUGAAGUCAUUACUGACGGAGCAAGUGCUAUGGCUUUCAUAGCAGAUAUUGAAAAUGAGGUUCAAGCCCUGCCUGAUGUUAAAGACACUACGGUACUCAGAAAGGAUGCUAUAGACGUACAGAAACCUGGCAAGAGUCGUAAAAGUAAGAAAAAGACGAAGGACAAAUCUAAACAGAUUCUGAAUGUUGAAGUUAACUUCUCUGAUCGACGGGAGGAAACUCUGCUAAAUGAGAACUCUGUUCUUAGUGAUGAAGAAAAGGAAAAUAUGAACAAACCUGAACCUAUACAAAACCCAUUCUCUGUACCUACGGAGCUGAAAUCACAGAUUACAAAUUUUGAAAAGACCUACACUGGUCCUCCUAAAACAGCUUUGUUGUCUAAACCAGAUGAAGUUACAGAAAAUCUUUUCUUGUAUUUUGUUGAGAUUCUGAAAGCAAAUGGUCCCCUGGCAAUAGAUGACACUCGGAUACAGCAAGAGUUGGAAGUGUUCCCACAGGAAGCUUUGGAAAAGAUUAAAUUAGUUGGUGGACUUGCAGACUUUUUAAGGCAGUCACUCAAGUUUGCUGUCAUAGACGAUGUUAUUUCACUUAUGUCGGAUGCUGUGCGUGCACGUGAAAUAGCUUUAAUUCGCAGACAGGAACGUCAGAAUUCUGGCAAUGAGCCAGCAGUUCAAAAUGCUUGGAAAACAGUCGGAAAAAGUGUGAAUAAUGUUGAUGCAUUGAGUGAAAGUCUAAAGACUAACGUUACAAUGGCUGCCUCGAUUUCUACUUCUUCAAGCUUAAAUUUUUCCGAUGUUAAUUCAAGUGUUAAUUCCAAAACUUUAUCUGUUUUACCAAAUUCAAACAAUUCGAAUAGUGUUUCACCAUUUGUUGAUUUACCUGCUUCUACUUCUCAAAAUAACCAAGGGAUGCACUGGUCAGAGGGUGUGAGCAGUUUUGAUAUAACAAAUCCAAUUAAACCUCCUGUGACUGUACCAGCACCAGUGCAAGUGUCGACUUUUGACACUUUGGACUCAAUUGAUGAUUUACCUAUUCAAGAUACUAGUGAAUUAAAGACGAAAAAAGAUUUGGAUGACAUUGAUGAUUUAGACGGACUUUCAGAAAGCGGAAGCGAACUUAAAGAGAGUCAGGAAAAUGGAGGUUAUAAGAAUGGUUUAAGACUUGAUCCAAGACUGGCUUCUUUAGAUAUUGGGAAAGUUGAUUCAAAUAGCAGGUGUAGUUCAAAAUCAGAUAUAAGUGAAAGGAGUUAUGGAAGUGCUUUUGGGAAUAUUGGACAACCAAAAAUGCCACAAAUGUGGGACAAGUUGGAAAGUGAUUUUGAUUCUUCCUGGAGUCGAGGAAGUAGGGAAGAAAAUCAAAAUGUAGAAAGGAACAGUGUUGAAAGUGUGGCUCUUGAGGCAAAAAGACUUGGUGAGGAAUUUGUUCGAAAAUCUGACGAAACUUUUGUGUCGGAGUUAGCAGAAUCGGUUGUUGAUAAGUUGUAUGAAGGAAGAAGGGUGUCUGAUAGUGAACGUACAUCCACCUUGAACAAAGUAUCUGCUGAUAUUUGGAAAGACUUUGAAAGAAGUGCAAAUGCAGGGAAGAAAGGAGUAUCUAGUUUAUGGGCAAAUACACCAGCUGGAGCAGAUUAUAGUAAGAAUAUGGGGAAAUUUGCUACAGAUUUUAUGAAACGUCAUUAUAACUCGGAAAGGAAUUUAGUUUCUCCUACUUCAGAUUUGAGUACUUUACCGCCUCAGAAACCUUCAGUUACUCCAGAUAGUUUUAGUUCUUUUUCAAAUCAUCCUGGUUUUAAUUCCACUUUUCCUUGGCCAGAUGGAAAGGCCAGCAAAGAGAUGCAAAUACAACCUUCAGUUUCAUCAAAUUCAGGAUAUAAUCUUUUCUCGGGCCCCACUUGGGGAUUAGAUUCUUUUAAUAGCAGUUCUGCUCCCAGUGCACCAGCUCCAUUAAGUGUCCCACCUCCAAAACCCAUGAUGCCUCCUCCACAGGGACCAUUUGUUCGACCCCCAUUGGCAGUGUCUGGAUAUUAUCAGCAUCCAAACAUGCAAGUACCUUUUCGACCUCCACCACGUUUGCCAAUGCCUCCUCCAAUGGCAAUGCCAUUUCCACCACAAGUUCGAGUUGAAAUGAAAGACAAAGAGACACAAGCCAUUUUACAAGUUGAAUCAAUAGGGACUAUGACAGAAGUGUAUGAACCUUUCAAGAAAGAAUAUCUUCAAAUGAAGGAAAAUCGUGACGAGGCCAUUAGAGUUAUGGCAGAGAGUAAAAGUCUUUAUGAGAAACUUUUACUUGAACAUAAAGCUAAAGAACAACAAAUUCUGGUAUUAGAAGCCGAUAUUAACAAUAAGGUUGGUAUGUUUGAUCUUGAGAAGAAAUCGUGGAAGAAUGAUCGAGAAGCAUUUGUAGAGGAGAUCAAGAGACUUCAAGAACAAGUUGUUACAAGAGAUAGUCAGGAAAAGGAAUUGAAAGAAAAGAUGAUUGGACAAGAAAAACGAGUGAAUGAGCUUGCUAUACUUGCCAAGGAUCAAAGGGACAAAGAUUUGGCAGAGAUUAAGAAGUGUAUGGAAAAUGCUGAAAAGUACAGACACCUCCAUGAUACACAACUUCAACGUGCAGUAUCUGCUGAAUCUGAAAUACUAAAAUCGAAAUUGCAGGCAGCAAAAAGUACUCUCGAACGCUCACAGAAAGAGGCUUCAUUUCACAAACAGAGGCUGUCUGGUUUUGUACAAAAACAUGAAGAAGAUAAUAAACCUAUACCCCCACCCCUGCAGCAGGCGUUUGAAUUCAUGACAUCAGCUGUGAAAAAAUCAGAGGAAAAUCUUAAUAGUAUUACGGUCGCUUAUGAAGAACAAAUAGCAAAAUUAAAAGCAGGGACUCCCCUAGCCGACCUUGAACAAAUAGCCGUUCCCAGUCCUCCCCCUGUACCAGAAUCAAUACGGGGUUUACCGUUCAUGCAGCCAGGGAUGCCAGGUUUUAUGAUGCCGAGAAUGCAGUUCCCUAAUAGGCCUCCGUUUAACAAUCCAGGUAUGGUUAAGGUACCAUCACCAGUAGGUGCUGCUCCAGCAGCAAUUGGAGCUCCUGUGUCUGCGGUGCCAUCCAAACCUACAGAAACUGUGCAACAGCCAGUGCAAGCCCAGGUUCAGUCAUCUAUUGGCAAUAACAAUGGACUUGUGGCUACUGCCACUCAGAACCAUUAUAACACUUCAGUGCCAGCAUCAGUGCAGGGAACGCCCAGACCCUUGGUGACACCAAGUGCUGGUGGAGGACUUUCUAAACCCGGGCAGUUACCACCUAGAGCCCCUCUAGCUGUACCAAACAGAGCCCCACUGCGCCCAAUUGGUAUAGGAGGUUUGGCCGCACAGAUGAGCAGUUUUGAUAAAUUGGUGGUGAAAUUAAAGAUGACAUUCCCUGAAAAAUCCAGGGCUGAGCUGAGUCAGUUGAUCCAUGCCUUACGUCAGAAACGUGGCGGGUCACUGUCUGGUAUGACGAUGGAGGACAUUAUCCAGCAGAUUGCCGAGUUAAUUACUGCACAGGAGCAGCAGGCAAUCACUGGGACCCUGGAACAGUCCAGCAUACAGCAGGCUGGUAGUAAGGCAGUUGGACCUCCACCUGGGCUGAACAGUUCUUGGGCAUUCCUGACUGCUGGUGGGUCAAAGUUGGGGUCAGGCAAGGGUUUGGGCUCAGAACUGUACAGGGAAGAGGAGGAGGAUCCUUGUGUCAUUUGCCAUGAGGAGAUGGACCCUAAAUCAAUAGUAACACUGGAAUGUGGACAUCUUUUCCAUGAUGAGUGUAUUCGUAAGUGGUUCCAGGAACAGAGCACAUGUCCAAACUGUCGAGUACACACACUCCUGUCAGACGAGUUUCCAUCGUUGGGAUAAAAACUGGAUUUGAAAACUUUUCACAACUUUUUAUGUUUAUAUUUUGUUUAACUUAAUAUUUCUAUUGGAUAUAAAUUCAGUAAUAUGUGUUUGAUUCUGUUUUUAUUGCUGUUACAUACAAAAUCUAGUAUUUUUUUCAUUUGUGUCAUCAACAUAAAGGAUUAUUUUCCACAUUUCACAUGACUUGUAUCAUUAAAAAAAAUAAUAAUAAGAUAACAGCGACAGUUAUGCUGAAUAUACAUGUAUGAUAUGUUAUUAUAUGUAAGUGAUGUCUUGCUUUUAUUUACUUUAUUCAUGUUUAUGUACAGUGCGCUUACUUACAUGUAGAGGAAUUUACAUACAUAUAUAUGUAAGGUGAUGGAAAUAAUGUUGUGUAACUGGCAAGGAGUUAUUCUUGAUGGUGUUCUUGAAUGAAAUGAAGGAUUAGUUGAGGGUAUGAAGAUUCGAAGAAAAAAAAAUACUGUAAAUGAUAUAUAUGUGUGACAAGUAUAUGUUUUGUGCCAUUAUCAGUUAAAAAGAACAAAUUGUAGAUUUGUGUGCAGCUUUUGAAUGGAACUUUAAAGCAAGAUAAUAUUUGUUUUGGUGUUAAAAGUUGUGUAUUAACGUUUUUAACAGUCAAUAUACAUAACAGGAUAUCAGUUGUGUUACAAGUUGACAGUAUAGGAUGUGUAACAUUAUGUCAAAGUCAUGUUACAGAACAUCAACGUGAUGCUACAGAAUAUUGAUUUGAUGUAAAGGGAUAGCAUAGGAACAAAUGAUGCUACAGGAUAGAAAAGUAAUUAUGUGUGACAUCAGUAUGAAUGUAACAUUGUGAAGAAAGUGAUGUAACAGGACAGUAUUAAAAUAAUGUUUUUUUGUUUGUUUUUUUCAUAUUAAUGUCUUAUGCUAUUCAUAUUUUACCAUUUUUAUUGUAUGUGCAUUUGCGGACAGUUGUAUGUAUUUAUGUGACAGAAUUUCAGACAGAAUUUCAAUUCUGUAAGUAUUUGUGAAUAUCUAACAGUUAAAAUUGAUAUACAUUUUUCUUUCAGACAUUAAAGUCUGGAUGAUGUGUGCCUUUAUUAUCAUGUCCUUUAACUUAAAGUGAACUGGAAUCAACUUCAUAUAUCAAAUGAGCUGCUGACACUAUCCUGUUAAAUGAAGACAUGUCUGAAGUGUUACGGAAUGAAGUAAAAACAUAUUUCACAAUGGAAAACUGUCUCAUGUCAUUAGUCAUAAGAAUUUUGUGCUGUUGAUCUUUUUUAGAUAUUAAUGAACUUCAUUAUAUGCUUUGUGUGUAACAUUUAUCACAAUUGUUUUAAUAUUGUUCUUAAAGUUGUUAAUAUUUUGCUCACCUGAGCACAAAGCACUCGUGUUGAGCUUUUAGGAUUGUUGGGUUUCCUUCCAUCUGUCAUCCUAACAUUUUUAUGAAGGAAUUUUAAUCAAACUUCGACACUAUAUGUAUGGAUAUGGCCAUAAGAUCUCACCCUAGUUCAUUUGUAAUCCAAGUCAGAGCAAAAAAUGUUGUAUGUCACAAUGUUCACUCUAGUACCUUGAUUUCUUCACCAGUCACAAUAAGAUAUAUAUAUAUCUAUUGAAAUAAAUAUGCUGUUCUGUUUACAGAAUUUGCAUACCUAUAACAUAUUUUGCAGUUGUGAUUUAGGGUAAGGUAGAUAGGUCUAGAAUUAUGUACCUCUGGAAGAUUCUGUUUUUUUUACACAUUUCUGCUUUUUCAUAUAAUUAAUAAGACAGAUUUAUUUUACCAGUAAGUAUAAAAUAUCAAUCAAAUUUGAUUACAGGCCAGCAAUAUUUUAUGCAGUGAUCUCCCCUUGUACUACCACAAACGUUUUUAUCAAGAGUUGAUAAAAAGCUUUUUCAAUCAUAUCACAUUAGAUUAAAGUUAUUGUUCUGUUGUUAUUUAUGUCCUGUUCUGCUGCGAGUCUGACGGCCAGGUUUUCUAGAGUCGUGUGCUCUCGAUUUAUCAAAAUAUAUUGUAUUUUACUGUUUCAGCAGUCUAACAAGUUUUCAGGUGAGCAACAUAUAUGACUAUCCUAAUCCUCUUGUUUGAAAUUUUGUUUCACAUAUUAAACAUAUUUACAUGUUGAAACUGUAAUUGAGAUGAUAAAAUGAAAUGUAUGAAAACAUUUUACUUUAUAUUGUUUUAAUCUAUAAUGAAACUGUAUUACCAUAAAUUUUAGAUAUUUGCAGAAUCACUGGUAUACCAAUUAUCUUGCCAAAAAGCCUGUCUUUUUUUUGCGUCGUCUUAAAUGCCAAAAUUUAUUUGAUUUUGCAUUUCAGUUUGUUUUUGUUUUGUUUUUUUUCACGAAUUUUAAAUUUGAUGCUAGGUAGAUUCUUUAUUUACCUCCAUUUGUGGAGAGCUAGCUGUCUGCAGACCAUUUUUCCUUAAAUGGAAAUGUUAACUUCUUCAGUUUGCCAUAGAGGAUUCCAUCCAUGUUGCUUUUCCAUAUUUUGUCUUUCCUUUUUUCCUUUUUUUUUUUUUUUUUCAGUGUAAAAUACUUGGUCGCCAAAAUUGUUUUUUAAAUCCAUUUUAUUCUUAACAAAUUGAUGUUAUGACCAGAACUGAUAUGUUAAGUAUGAAGAAGAAAAAAAACACAGAUACAAACAGCACACCAUAAACUUUUUUAUAAACUAGUAAAUGAUGUAUAGUUCUGUAGUUCCAUAUAUUACUAGUAGCCCGGAUUAAAAUUAUUUGAUAUUGAAAACAAAAGUAAUUUAAUACCAAAGAAUAUUUUAAUAUUUUUGUAUCUUGUAACAAAAAAGUAAACGUUUUACACGAUAUUGUGCUACAGGUGAACAUAGUACUGUAAAAUAAAGUCUUAAAUGGA